AUGCCCCCCUUGAUCGCGUUGUUCUCAAUGAUGUGUGCCCAGGCUUGCGGGCAACUCAUCCCAGGUAUCACAGGAGUUGCAUGGUCCUUCACAAGCCCUCACCUCAUGGAUGGCUCGACCUACAUUGCCGUGUCUGGGCGACACGCUUACGUGACUGGUGCCUUUGAUGCUGGCUUGACAGUAUUGGACAUCUCUGACCCAAGCACCCCGACUGUAGUAGGAGCCAUCAAGGACCAGUGGCUCGACAACUGCAGGGAUGUGAAGGUUGCUGGGGACAUAGCCUUUGUGGCCGGGUACGGGCCUGAUCGCCUGACUGCAAUAAAUGCUCCAUCACUGACAGCAUUCUUGACGGACCUGGCUGGAGACUAUGCCUAUGUGACCGGCUACUCUAGCGAUGCUUUUGCGGUGAUCAACAUUGCCGACCCGAGCAACCUCACCAUCGUAGGCAGUGUCUCCAGCGGCAGCUUUCUCAAUGGAGUAAAAGGUCUCAAGGUCGUGGGGCACCUUGCCUUCGUGGCUGCUCAGAACUAUGAUGGUUUGACGGUGUUGAACAUCUCCGACCCUACAAACCCCACCCUCGUAGGCUCAGUUGUCGACUCGACCGUACUCAAUGGUCCUGAGAGCGUGGACGUUGUGGGAAACUAUGCCUACCUGACCGCCGUCUACGAGGGCAACCUGGUAGCGGUUGACGUCACAGAUCCAAGCAAUCCCAGCAUCGCGGGCCAGUUGAAAGACAGCAGCCAAAUGAACAGACCCAGACACGUUCAGGUCGUCGGCGACUUUGCCUUCGUGACCGCCAGCACGGGUGACAGCCUGACGGCAGUCAGCAUCUCCGACCCUUCCAAUCUCACCAUAGAGAUGUCGAUUGUCGCAUACGUGGCCACGCAAGGGACUGAUGGCUUAGCGGUGAUCAACAUUUCUGACCCCAACAACGUGACCAUGGCAGGCUCUUUUCGGGAGAGCAAGGUGUUGGAUGAAAUCAGGGAAUUCGUGGUGACUGGGGAUUAUGCCUUCGUGUGCGAGAAAAGGUCAGUGACUGCCCUCGACCUCUCUGACCCCAGCAAGCCCACGAUUGCAGGCCACAUAGAGGAUACGGUACUGCUGAAUGGGCAGUACAACAGCAUUGCCACAGUUGGAAACAUCGCAUAUGUGGCUGCUCAGACAUAUGACGGAAUUGUGGCCCUGAACAUCACCGACCCGAGCAAGAUGACCAUUGCAGGGUCAAUCAAAGACAGCAACCGCCUAAACGGAAUUAGGUCUAUCAAGAUCGUGGGGAACUUUGCCUAUGUGGGAUUGGGAAGCUAUGACGGCCUGGCGGUGAUUGACAUCUCAGACCCCAGCAACCUCAUCAUCGCAGACGUCGUUGGAGACUAUGCCUUUGUUGCCGCCGCCACUGAUGACAACUUUGUGGCGGUGAACAGCGCCGACCCAAGCAACCUCACCAUCGUGGGUCAAGUCGGAAACUCUGUACUGGACGGCCCCAGAAAGUUUGCCAUCAUGGGCAACUUGGCCUUCGUGGCCAACUAUGCCAACAUGUUGGUUGCAGUCAACAUUGCCGACCCAGCUAACCUCACCAUCGCUGGUUACAUCCAGGACAAUGUUCUGCUAAAGGGAGCCUCAUCAGUUGUGCUAGCCGGAGACCUUGCCUUCGUGACCUCUCACACCGGGCACGCUUUGACUGCGGUGAAUAUCGCAGACCCAAGCAACCUCACCAUUGCAGGUUCUGUCCAAGACAUGCCGACACUAACCGGUGCCUAUGACGUGAAGAUCGCAGGGGACCGGCUUUAUGUCAGUUCCUGGUCCGCUGACGCUCUGGUCACGACUACGGUCGACAUUGAGGGAGGCGAUGUGAGCUUCGCCAGCCAGCAGGCUGCAGCCUUUGGUUUACUAGCAAUUGGACUUUUCUGCUGA